AUGAUCGCUCCUAUCUUUGCCUCGAGCAACGUUCUCCAAGAAUACAGGAAGCAUCCGUCUUCAGGUCCAAGGGAGCUUACCCCAGCCAUGGUCCACUCUAUUGAUGAGGCUGACAAACCUGCAAAAAAGGGUAAGAAAGCGGAAACCCAAAAAGAGGCACAAGUUUCCAAACCCACCAAGGCGAAAACCCUUUUGAAGCGAAUGUUUGAUCGGGCUGUUACCUCACCUCCCAAACCGAAGAAGCUGGAGAAGCCCCCUAGGAGGCUAAUAAUACAAUCUUCCAGUGACUCAGAUUCUGAGUAUGUUCCUCCACAACACAAGAUUGCUUCUCCUUCCGAAUCUGAGAGCGGAAGCUCUGAUGAAGAGGCUUCGGGCCGAGGUGAUACUCCGCCUCGCUCCCCUACCCCAGAAAUUCCAGUUCACUCUCAUCCUCCUUCACCUCCACCUGUAACUAUCCCUGUAUCGAUCCCUCCCAUUUUUCCCAUUCCAACCACUCAACCAUUCACUACAAUUCCCAUCCCUACUCCCAUAUUCACAUACACAACCACUACCACGACAGGUGCUCGUUCUACCACCCCCAUUCCACCAAUAACAACCGAACCACCUAUCACAAGCAAACCUCCACCUGCUUCAAAACCCUUGUCUCCCACACAAUCCACUGAAACAACCCCUAUUCUAGGCAGUAAGGACUUGGAAUUUGAUUCCAUGUAUUUUAUUCCUUACCGAGUGCAGAGCGAUGAUGAUGAUGAUGAGCCUGUUACGAAAUGUCAUCUCAAGGUAGUAAACGAAAAGCUUGAUCAACUGCUCCCAUCCUCUUCCUCCAGCACUUAUUCUAAAGCUACAUUGAAGGCCUUAUUCUCCUCCGUUGUUACUAAACACAGUGCCACAUUAUCUUCUGCAGCCAAAGCAAUCGAAGCCUCCACUUCCCAAUGUCAACAAGCCUCAAUUGUUGUUGAUGCUUCGACUAAAGAAUGCAAGGAAGCGACCGCAAAAGUCGAUAAACUAGUUUCUGACGCUCAAGUAUUUUUAGAUUCCUUGCAGGCUGCUGCUGCUAAGAACGCUCAAACUGUCAACGCUUCAGUAGAGAACCUUUAA